GAUGAGGAUGACGCACUCAAUGUCAAAACGAAAAAUAUUUUUUAUAUAGAAAGGAAGCAGAAAAGUUGCAAUUGGAGUAAAAUUAUCCAGAUAUUGAUAUUUUGUUAUUUUUAAGUGUGUAAAAAGGAUAAAUUUGGAAAAAAUGAGUUUCUUCGGAAAAAUGUUCGGUGGGAAAAAGGAAGUGGCGCCCACUACUGGCGAAGCCAUACAGAAGCUGCGCGAGACGGAAAACAUGCUUAUAAAGAAACAGGAAUUUCUAGAGUCAAAGAUAGAAGAAGAGUUGAACAUUGCCAGGAAAAAUGCAUCGAAAAACAAAAGAGUUGCAUUGCAAGCGCUUAAGAAAAAGAAGCGGCUCGAAAAACAGCUACAACAAAUUGAUGGAACGCUUUCGACGAUUGAAAUGCAACGCGAAGCAUUGGAGAGUGCUAAUACAAAUACAGCCGUCUUGACAACAAUGAAAAAUGCGGCUGAUGCACUCAAAGCUGCACAUAAAAAUAUGGAUGUGGAUAACGUUCAUGAUAUGAUGGAUGAUAUUGCCGAACAACAAGAUGUUGCCCGCGAAAUCUCCGAUGCUAUAUCAAAUCCAGUUGCUUUUGGUGCUGACCUUGAUGAUGAGGAUCUGGAGCGUGAAUUGGAUGAAUUAGAACAAGAAGAGUUCGAUAAAAAAGUUAUUGGCAUACCGGAGCCAAAUGUUACAUUACCCGAAGUACCAGCCGACGAAAUGCCGGAGAAAAUUCCUGAGAAAAAGAAAGCCACUGCACCUGCUUCGACAGCACAGGAAAAUGAUGAUAAUGACCCAGACAUGAAACAGUUGCUUGCUUGGGCCAAUUGAUGAGUUUAUAAAUCUCUGAAACCAUUGUGUGACAAUUGUGUAUGGAUUAGCAACUUGAAUUUAAAUAACAAAUGCACAAUGGUUGUUUCUAUUAUUGUACGAAACAAGAUGGAAAAGUAAAAUAAUCGACACAUACAUACUUUACCAAAUAAUAUUUCCAAUUGCUUGCUAAUGGGGAAAAUAUUAAUUUUUAAUUUUGAAACACAUAUCGCCUAUUUGUAUUUUACUUUGCGCUUGCAGGAAUAGCGUGUAUUUAGUAAAUAUGUUUUACAGUCAAAAUUGUGAUAAAUAUGUCGGCACAUUUAUGCUUUAAUAAUGACGUGUGUACAUUUUUUGACUAGGACACAGAUAAAGCUAGAUACGUUUUACUGCUAACCCUCGGGCAGAAAAAAUUAAAAGUAUAUAUUUUCUUUUUAAUACAUUGCAUUCUUGUGAUUAAAGUAUAUUAAAAUAAAGCAAUUUCCAGAUA